AUGUCCCGGGGGCAGGGGCAGGAGACAGACAUGGACAGCGCAGCUGCCACAAGCGCGCAGGAGAGUGGGGAGCAGUUUGAAAUACAGGACAAUGUGGUCUAUGCCCUGGAUGGGCUGACCAGGAGCGCAUCUCCAGCUGUCAGGCAGGAAAGCGCAGCCAAAAUCGCUGAGGUCUGUGCAUCACAGCGAGGGCGCCUGGCAAUGAGGGCUGACGGGCUGAUCCAGGAUGUCAUGGCUGCUGGCAGCAAGCUCGCCUUGACGCAGGAGCCCAUUGUGGCUGUGGCUUUCAGCGCCAUGCUCCUGGCGUUCUCACGCGAGAAGCUCCACCAGGCAGUCCUCGCGCAGAAGGACUCGCUGGCUGUCAUGGGUGUCCUGCUUGAGGCACAUGCGAGCGCAGACUUCAGGGCGUGCCAGGCGAAGAGCGCGUGCGGCGCUUUGGCGCGGCUGCUGAGAGACUCUUCCCUGACAGCGCGUCUGCCGCAAUCCGAACGCGCCUGCCCCUCUUCCCUGGUGUUGACCGCCCUUGCAGGGGCCACGGACCCGCAACACAGCUCCACUGCCAGCGAGGCUCUGAAGAUAGCGCUGCAUGAGGGUGGCAUCCUGCAGCGACUGUCUGACCUGGCAACCCACCAUGCCAAAGCCCUGCCCAUCUCCACACCGCGCUCCGCGGCCAGGUCGCUGUGGGGGCUCAACCGGUGCCUGGUGGCCAUCGAGAAUGCGACGUUUGCAUGCGCUGCGAAUGAGCAGCACCUCGUGGCCGUCACUGUGCAGCGUGGCGAUGCUGCAGAGCCCUCUUCAUCACAGCCACUCCCACAAGGCCCCAGGGCCAUGUCACAGCCUGCAGCUAUCAGCUCUGACGCUGCUGAUGGGCUGCCCAGCCAGAAGGCCUCAUCCCAGCCGAUCUCCAGCAGCAGUCCGCCUCACAGGAAGUCUGCCAGCAUGCGCUGCGGCAGCGAACCCCAGGAUCAACCAAUGAAGCUACAGAACAGCACCUCGGGCCGGCAGAACAGCGGCAAGCUCUGCGCCCCCUCUGUGGAGCCGAAGCACUCCAGCCAGGCAGCCGAUGGCACACCAACCACCAGCGCAUGCCCUCGGAAUAUCACCUUCCCUGCCUGGCUCGCCCAGACUUUUGCCCCGGCUGACAAAGGCGUGCCGCACCGCGGGCCCCAGAGAGAUGCGCUGCAACGCAUGCUGUCAGUACUCAUGAAUCUGACGCACAACAACGGACCCGGCUGCAGUGCUGUGUUGGGCGCAGACGGCCUGCAGACUGUGAUUGGCCUCAUCGACGCGCUGCUCGGGCCCCCAGAGGAAGAGGCAGAUUUUGUGCGCAUCGCAGACAGGAGGCGACUUCUGGAGGGGCUGGAUCUGACGAGCACGUCCUUGGGCCUGCUCAUCAACCUGGUGGAGCACGACUCCGGCUGCCGCCCACAUCUGGCAGCGCUGCCUCUCAGACAUGGCAUGCGCGCCCUGCCGCUGCUCUGCCGCCUCAUGCAGGCAAGUGGCGCAGUGCCGGAGGGGUCGGUUCCACCCUCAAGCGGCAGCCCUGGCCUGGAGGUGACGGAGGAGCAGCUGCUGGCCAAUGAGGAAGAGGGGGCGGCCUCCAUUGUGGAGGUGUAUGCAGCCCUUGUGCUGGGCUUCAUCAUUGAGAGUGACCCGGCCCUACGACAGGAGGUGGAGUCUUUGCUUGAGGGAGGCGUGGCAACAGUCACAACAGCCGUGAGGCGCUGCCUGCAGUUCUAUGUCAAUGCUGGCGCCAUCACUCGCAGCACCGAAGAUUCACUGCGCGCCCUGCUGUCGUCCUUACAAAAGGGGCCUUGA